AUGUACAUCCAGUUGGACAAGUUAAACAUGAAGUUCCAUCUAAGUAAUAGCUAUCAGCACAAGUUUGACAUUGAGUUUCGGAUGUGCAUGUUUUACAUUUAUCAUUGCAUUUAGUACAAGCUUGGUUAUCAACCCAAUAUCCUGAAUUACAUUUAGUACAUAGAUUUUAAGAUUCGCACUCAGCACAUGGAGUUACACAAGACAAACAUUCAUUUCCUUGGAUGUAUUUUCCUGGAGCACAUGAUGUACAGUUUGUUUCACUUGUCGAACAUGUUUUACAAUUGGUAGAGCAAUCAUAACAAUGUUAAGAAGAGUAGUAUUGGGAAUCUGAACAUGCCUAACAAUAUCCAUUGACGAUUUGGUAGCCAGAAUCGCACGAGUUACAUUGAGUUCCGGAUGAGCAAUUAUUACAAUUAGUUGAACAGACAAUGCAGGUGGUAUUAUCUAAAUAAUAGCCCAUUUGGCAUAGGGAACAAUUAUUUGAAGUGGUUGAGCAUCUUUGACAAAUCAGAUCACAUUGUUUGCAAAUUGAACCAUCAAGAUAAUAUCCAUCUAUGCAUGAUGAACAAUUUGAGUUUCCUCCAAGUGAACAGUUUACACAAGGUGAUUCACAUUUUUUACAUGUCGAAAUGUCUAAAUAAUAUCCAGCAAUGCAUGUUUGACAGAUGCCGACUGCACUGCAAGUUAAGCAAGGAUCUGGACAAUCAGUACAAGUUGAGUUAUCCAAAUAAAAUUAAGAUGCACAAGAUUGACAAUUAGUCGGGGUACCAACACAUUAAGUACAAGAUUAAUCACAUCCUUUGCACAUUGACUAAGAACUGUCAUAAUAUUAUCCAUUUGAACAAGUACAAUUUGAACAAGCUAUUGUUUUAUAGAAAUGAUAAAUUACUUGCACAUUUGUGGAACUCAUCGAUCAAAUAACCUGAAUCACAGCUUAAACAGUAUCCUGUUCCAUCUUCACAAGUAACACAAUGCAAGGCACAUUGAUUACAAGCUUAGCCAUUCAAGUAAUAUCCAGUAUUGCAUGAAGUACAUGUUGUAGCUAAAUCAACACAAGUUUUGCAAGUACUAGAACAUUAUUCGCAAGUAUCACCAAAGUAUCCAGAAGCGCAAGCAUCACAUUUUACAGAAGUAUCUAAGAAUUAACAAGUCGAUUGGCAUUUUACAGGGCAAUCUAAGAAAAAUAAUUAAUAUAAAGGAUUUACGUUUGCAUGUUGUUCCCUCAAGAUAAUAUGAUUGUUUGCAACUUGAACAUUGAGAAGAUGCAGGUCCAUUGCAAAUAGCACACUCUUAAGCACAUUAUGAGCACUAAGUUCCCUCAAAGAAAUAUCCACUAAUACAGGUUAAGCAUGUUGUAGCAUUUGAGCAAUUUACACAUGGUGACGAACAAGCUUUACAGCUGCUUGAUUCCAAGUAAUAGCCAUCAAUACACUUAGAACAACUUGAAUUUCCAGAUUACGAACAUUCUGUGCAGGGCGAUUGGCAAGAUUCACAAGUCUUACUUUCACUGAUGUAAUAUUAUCCAACAACACAACUUAAGCAAGCCUGAGCGGAUUCGCAAGUGUCACAAGGGGAUGAGCAUUAUUAACAGGUAUUAUUAUUCAAAAAGUAUUUGGGUUAACAAGAUAAACAAUUGGUGGCUGAGGUUUCACAGGUGGCACAAAGGCUAUCGCAUGAAGAGCAAGCAUUUCCUUAUAUGAAUGAUCCAGGAGAACAUUAUUUGCAAGUGCCAUCCAAAUAAUAAUUUAAUUGGCAAGAGGUGCAUACAGAAGAACUAGAGCACAAUGUACAUCCAGUUGGACAAGUUAAACAUGAAGUUCCAUCUAAGUAAUAGCUAUCAGCACAAGUUUGA